AUGGUCUCCGCCGCUGAUCUCAUGAGGCAGCACCAGGCUCAGUUCGCUCAGGCUGAUGCUGUUGCUGCCGAGCUCCCGCCUAUGGCCGAUCCUUUCCCCUCGCUCGUUCAGGACCCCUUUCCGCCCGAGCCUGCCGCUGCUCCCUCGGCUUCUGCUUCCUCUUCCUCCGCCGCCGCCGCUCUGAUGAAUGCCAGCAACGCUGCCUCUGCUAACGGCGGCGCUGCGCUGUCGCCUUCCAAUGGCCGCGCUCCUCGCUCCAAGCAGCCCGACUUUUCCUCCGAAUCCGCAUUCCCCUCGCUUGGCGCUGCCGUCAACCCUGUCAAGGGUCAGUGGGGCAACAAGACUUCCACCUGGAACGGCUCUGCCCCUGUCAUCCAGCGCUCAGUUGCACAGCAGACCUUCUCCCUCACCCUUUCGCACGACUCGUUCGUCAAGCUCUCCACCGUCAUGUCCAAGGUGCAGAACAAGUACCGCGGUGUCAAGAUCGAGGCUUCCACCACCCGCAAGACUGGCACCACCACCUUUGUGCUCAAGGCUGCCGAUGAGGCCGUCGUCAAGAACGCGAAACGUGAGAUCACCGUUUUGCUCGCCAAGCACGUCUCCACUCAGAUCAUGAUCCCUGCCUCGCUCCGUGCCUAUGUCAUCGGCGCCAAGGGCAAGAACCUCAAGGUCAUCACCGAGCAGACCGGCGUCAAGGUCAACAUUCCCCCUCGUGAUCCUGCCGCUGACCCGUCCGCCGAUGUCGAUGUCAACCAGCGCAACAAUAUCGACUACGACAACGACGAGCAGAUCCCUAUCACGCUCGAAGGAGACGAGAUCAACGUCAAGCAGGCCCAGGCCAUGAUCCAGGCAAUCGUCGCCGAGAAGACUUCCAAGAUCACACAGCGACUCACCCACAUUGAUCACAUCUUCUACCCUUUCAUCGCUGGCCCCAAGGGCGUCAAUGCUUCCCAGCUCGAAACCCGAUUCGGCGAGGGCGACCUUUCGAUCCGUGUGCCCCCUCGUGCCGCCUUCCUGCACAGCAAGGAUGCUGGUGAAGACGACUCUGCCGAACCCAAACGCGAGCGUGACCUUGCUAUCGUCAUCUCGGGAGACCGGGAAAAGGUCCCAAAAGCCAUAGCGGCCAUCGAGGCUCAGGUUGACGAGAUGAAGAACUCCUUCCGCACUCUCGCCAUCAGCAUCCCCAAACGUCAGCACCGUUUCCUCGUCGGCGACGCUGCCAAUGACAUUCUCGCCUCCACGUCUUGCAGCGUCGAACUGGCUGCCAUUGAUGAUCCUUCUGACAGCGUCACCAUCCGCGGCCCUCAGUCUCAGCUUCCUCUGGCGCUCACAGCCGCCAUGGAGAAAGCCAAUGCCGUCCGUGUGGAGGUGGUCGAUGUCGUUGCAGCGCACCGGUCGCUCGCCAAGGACCCUGUCGGACAUGCCAAGCACAUUCUCCGAUGGCUCAGCGUCGGCGGUAAGAUUCCCCGCAGCGCAACAGCUCAGAUCUACCUCCCGCGACCUGCUAUCGUUGAGUCGACUGGGAAUGUCCAGAUCGAGAUUGUCGGCUCAGAUGCUGCCGAAGUCUCCAAGCUCAGAGAGACUAUUCAGGAGCUCGUCAAGGCUGUCCCUCCUACUUUUGUCCAGGAGCUUGAGGUUGACCCACUCCUCCACCGCUUCAUCAUUGGCAAAAAGGGCCAGGGCUUAAAGCCAUACGAGGCACGUGGCGUUGAUGUCCUCUUCCCGCCCGCCCCCUCCAGCGCCGAUGGCGACUCCCGCUCCGAUGUUUUGCUCGUCUUGGCGGGCUCCUCGGUCGUCAGUAAUCUGCCCGCGGACCGCAAGGCUCGCGAUGCCAGGGCCACCGAAAUUCUUGACGCUGUCAAGCAAGACAUUGAAAAAGCACAAGUUGCUGCCGCUGACAUUCGUAGCGAGACGCUCACCGUCCCCGCAAAGCUUCACCGCGCCAUUCUCGGCCCUAACGGCACCACGCUCAACGCCGUCAUUGGCGAAGACAGACUGGUUGCCGUCAAGCUUGGAUCUAGCAAAGCUGCUUCGACGGAGAAGAAUAGCGCCGGCCUUGCCGAGGAUUCCAUCGUGGUUCGUGGCCCUAGCUCCGAGGUCCAGCGUGUUGUCAAGGAGCUUCAACGCAUUGCCGCUGAGGCCGAGCAGGACAACAUCAUCAACGGCCACGUUGCCGAGUUCUCGGUCGACGCCAAUCACGUGCCCCAUCUCGUCGGUCGAGGCGGCUCGGCCGUCACCAAGCUUCGAGAAGAGCUCGGCGUGCGCAUCGACUUUAGCGAGCCUUCCACUGCUGACGGUGCUAAUGGCGCAAAGAAAGGUCGCAAGCCUACGUCCACCGCCAAAGUGGUGCUCACGGGUCGAAAGGAAAACGUUGAGGAAGCAAAGAAACGUCUGCUGACGCAAGUCGACAGGCUUGCCGAUGAGACCACCGUCACGCUCAAGAUUCCACAGGAAAUGCACGGAAGCUUUAUUGGUCAGGGCGGAAAGUAUGUCACGCGACUGCAAGACACGUAUGCCGUGCGCAUCAACUUCCCCAAUGCCAUUGCGCCUAGCGGCACGUCUACGCCGACCGAAGGCGGCGAUGACAAGUCCACCGGUGGCCGUGCCAACCAGAAGCCCGAUGAGGUCACCAUCAAGGGUGGUAAGAAGGGUGUCGAGGGCGCCAAGGCUGAGCUGCUCGAGCUGCUCGAAUACGAGAAGGAACACAACAACGUCUCCACCCUCGUCGUGAGCACCAAAUCGAUCGCCCGUAUCAUGGGCAAAGGCGGAGCUACCAUCAAGCAAAUCCGAGACGAGAGCGAAGCCCAGGUCGAUGUCGACCGUGAGGAUAACGAAAAGGACGGUACCACCUCUAUCAAGAUCCGCGGCACCAAGAAGGCGGUCGUUGCGGCCAAAAAGGCCAUCGAGGCCAUCUCUUCCGAGGUUGACGCGGAGCAAGUCUAUACGCUCACCAUUGCCCCGGAGCACCACGGUAUCCUCAUUGGUCCUCAGGGAUCCAACAUUCGCGACCUCAUCAUCAAGGCUGGUGGACCCGAGGACACCAAGGCGUCGUCGCAGUACGUCCAGUUCCCACGCAGGAACGAAAAGGACUCGUCUACCGUCACUAUUCGCGGCCCUGCGUCGUUGGCCAAGGCCAUCCGCGACGAGCUAGAAAGCGCCGCUCAGGUGCUUGCUUCGCGCGUCAUCGUCGGUGUCGUCGUAGCUCCCCAGGCACAGAGGAUGCUAAUCGGCCGCGGCGGCUCGCGUCAGUCUGAGCUGCAGACUCAGUACGCUGUUCGUCUCGUCUUCCCCGGCUGGAAGGAGUAUGCCUCCACAGGCGAGCCCAUCAACAAGGCCGAGCUUGCUGGAGGCGACGACUCGACGAUCGUCAAGAUCAUUGGUGCCGAAGACAGAUGCAAGGCGCUGGCCGAAGAGAUCAAGUCAAGCUUUGCCUCGGCCUCCAAGUCAAUCGAGGUCCCACGCGGCGUGCACGCUCGCAUCGCCACACCCCAGUUCUUCCGCCAGCUCCGCUCCGAUUUUGGCGUCUCAGUGGACACGCCUCGUGAGUCGGCUUCGGCCUCGACACCCGCUGCAUCCGCCAAGAACAGCGCCAAGGUUGUAGAUGCACGAAUCGACGACGAUGACGAUGCCGAGGAGAACGAGUUCGAGCUAGAGGAGCUCUCCUCCACCUCUGCCGGCAACGACUUCGUCUCGUGGACGCUCACCGGCAAGGACGAAGGCUCGCUUCAGAAGGCCGACAAGCGUAUUCAGGCUGCCAUCAAGGAUGCUGGCAACGCAUCGCACCAGGGCAAGCUGUGGAUUUUGCCCUCAGCUGUGCCACGCAUCAUUGGCCGAGGAGGCAGCGGACUCAUGAACAUUCAAAACGAGUCGGGCGCCGCGAUCGAGAUUCCUCGAGACGCUGGCGGACUCUGCAUCAUUCGUGGCUCCAAGGACGCCGUGCUGCAUGCUAAGGAGCUCAUCGAAGGCGUCGCUUCUUCCAGUGGACGCGCUUGA